CAGUCAUGUGAGAAGAGAACACAUGAGAUCAUAUGGAUUUGAAAGCUCAUAACUCUUCCUUUUAAAUGGCCUCAGAACUCAUCAGAAUUUGUAGCAAAAGGAAAAGAGAGAGAUUUAGAAAGAGAAAACACAAAAAAAUGGUUUCUAGGGAGCAAAAGAGAGCAGCACUGCAUGAGAAGCUGCAACUUCUUCGUUCUGUUACUAACUCUCAUGCUCUAAAUGAUACCUCGAUCGUAAUCGAUGCAUCAAAGUAUAUUGAAAAUCUAAAGGAAAAGGUAGAAAGACUGAAUGAAGAAAUAGCUUCUGCAGAAAGUUCAAGUGUCCACAAUCCCAAUUUGCCUAUGGUUACAGUUGAAACCCUAGAAAAGGGAUUUCUUAUAAACGUUUUUUCAGCAAAAAGCAGCCAAGGUAUGCUUGUUUCAAUACUUGAAGCCAUUGAAGAGAUGAGGCUUACAGUGCUGGAAGCUAGGGUUUCUUGUACAGACAAUUUUUGUUUCCAAGCUGUUGGAGAAGAGAAUGAAGAACAAGGUGAUACUAUUGAUGCACAAGCUGUGAAACAAGCAGUGGGACAAGCAAUAAAAAAUUGGAGUGAAAGUUCCGAUUAAGUGUAAAUUGCAACCAAUAUCUAUUUAUAUGUAUUGUCUUAUCCAUAUUUAUUAUUAUUUUUCUUAUCAUUUUUUAUCAAGCUUUAUUUUGUUGGUUUAAGGAAUCAAGCUUUUGUGUAAGAUAGCUAGCUUCCAAAUCUUCAAGUUCUGCCAAUUUUAAUGAAAAUAUAUGCCGGUAGUAAAAGGUCGAAACUCA